GAUAAGAUAUCCAUGAGAUGAAAAGAGUAUACUCUUCUAAAAUAUUGUAUGAGAAGCUUUCUAAUUAAUUUCUAUAGUAUACUAUUGACUCAAACAGCUUAUAUAUAAAUACUUAAAUAGAAAGCUUCCAAGGAAAUCUACCAAAGAUUUCAGGGCAAGCUAAAGCUACCAAGGGAACACUUGGUUAUUUAUAAAUAGACUAUAACUUCCAUUAUAGCAACCAUACCAUUUCCAAAAUCAAGAAACAAAACUUUAUACAAUAAUGGCUGCUCCGAUCAAUUUGUUAUCGCUCUUCAUCAUCUUAACCUUACAAACCUCCCUCGCCAUCCGCAUCAACAAACCAAACCCACCGGCUUUUCUACUUUCCUUGAUCAAAGACAAAGCCACGUUUCUCUACUACACAAACCUCAACCUCGGUAACAACAAUCACUCUCCUCUCACUCACAGCCUCGCCGUCGAUCUCGGCGGUGGCUCAUCCGUUCUUCUCCGUUGCAACACCGCCGUAAAAUCCACAAGUUACCUCCCAAUCCGCUGCGACUCCGCUAAAUGCAAACAAGCCAAGCUCGACUCGUUCUGUUUCAACAAGACCGCCACUUGUGGCAAAUACGUUUCCACUUCCUUCACCGAGCAUCCACUCAACACACUUCUCGGUCUUGACUCCGUCUCUCUUCUCAUCUUGAAACGUAACGGCGUCACUAAAACCGUCCACUCAUCGCUGACUUUUAUUUGCACCAACGACGCCAACGCCUUGAAACUCAUGCCGGAGGUUGUUAACGGAACCAUCGGUCUUGGAAAGUCCUUGAUCUCACUUCUGUCCCAGCUCGCGUCCAUGCACAAAACCCCGCGAAAAUUCGCUCUCUGUUUGCCCUCUAAACCAUCCGGUUUAGGGAGCCUUCUCAUUGGAGGAGGCUCUCCUUACACUAACGAUGUCUUCAAGAACUUAGCCUCAACUCCUCUGAUUGUUGACAGAUCUUCCGGUCGGUACUUCAUUGACGUGAACUCCAUCGAAAUCGCUGGAAAGAACGUUCCUUUGAAUAAGAAAAGCCGUGGAAACGCUAUGAUAUGUUCAUUGGCUCCUUUCACCAUCUUGCAGACUUCCACUUACAAGGCUAUGGUUAGGGAAUUCGUGAGAGAAGCUAAGCUGUUGAAAGUCGCAAAGGUGAACCCUUUCGAGGCAUGUUUUAGCUCCAAAGGGAUGGAAAGUGCAACGGCGGUUCCGGUGAUUGAAUUGGUGGUGAACGGGGGAGCUAAGUGGAGGAUUAAUAGGUGGAACUCGCUAUUGAAGGUGAAAAGAGAUGUGGUUUGUUUAGCGUUUUUGGACGGAGGUGUGAAUAUGAAGACAAUGGAGAUGGUGAUCGGAGGUUAUCAGAUGGAAGAUCAUCUUGUGGAGUUUGAUCUCGAAGCUUCCAAGUUCACUUUCUCGUCUUCGCUUUUACUUCGCAAUACUUCUUGUACCCAACACAUGAUUUUAUAAUCUUAAUAACAUAAAAUAAACAACAACCGAGGGAUUAUUAAUUUAUUAUAAUAGAGGAUAUAUUAUGAAUACCAUUAGUGUAAUAUAAUGUUAAUAUCGUUAGUGUAAGGAGAGUGGUCGUGCGUUUGACAUUUUGA